CUCGCAAAAGAAACAAAACUUUCAGAGAGCAGGACAUCCAUGGCGACCACAACUAACAUAUGUCCUCUCUCUUCCUCUUCCCUCUCGGUUAACCCUAAGUACAAACCCCAGAAAAUCACUUUCCCCGAAACCCUUCAUAAACCCUUCUAUUUUUCUCACAAGCUAACCUCCCUCUCACCGCCAUCCGCUUCGCCGACCCAGAAAAUCUCUCUCGCCGUCUCCUCCCAAAAUCCCAUCACUGAGUUUUAUUCCACAAACAAAAACAACCCAGAUGACUGUUUUAAUGACGAUGAUGACGAUAAGCCUCGGGAAGAGUGCGGCGUUGUGGGAAUCUACGGCGACCCAGAAGCUUCACGCCUUUGUUACUUAGCCCUGCACGCUCUGCAGCAUCGCGGACAGGAAGGUGCAGGUAUUGUCGCGGUGAGUAACAAGGUACUUCAAUCGAUUACAGGUGUUGGAUUAGUCUCUGAUGUGUUUAGCGAGUCCAAGCUCGAUCAAUUACCAGGCGACAUGGCUAUCGGCCAUGUUCGCUACUCGACGGCUGGUUCCUCCAUGUUGAAAAACGUGCAGCCAUUCGUCGCCGGCUACCGGUUCGGCUCCGUCGGCGUCGCGCACAACGGGAAUCUGGUAAAUUACAAGUCUUUGAGGGCUAAACUUGAAGAAAACGGGUCAAUCUUCAACACCAGCUCCGACACAGAAGUUGUUCUUCAUUUGAUUGCGAUAUCAAAAGCCAGACCUUUCUUUAUGAGAAUCAUCGACGCGUGUGAAAAGCUUCAAGGUGCUUAUUCAAUGGUGUUCGUCACAGAGGACAAACUGGUCGCCGUGCGCGACCCAUUUGGUUUCCGCCCACUAGUUAUGGGUCGGCGUAGUAACGGCUCCGUGGUCUUCGCUUCUGAAACUUGCGCGCUCGAUUUAAUCGAAGCAACAUAUGAACGAGAAGUCUAUCCAGGCGAGGUUCUAGUGGUGGACAAAGAAGGGGUAAAAUCACAGUGUCUCAUGCCUCAUCCUGAGCCAAAGCAAUGUAUUUUCGAACACAUUUACUUUUCUCUUCCAAAUUCCAUUGUCUUUGGUAGGUCUGUUUAUGAAUCCCGCCGUGCCUUCGGCGAAAUUCUCGCCACAGAGGCACCUGUUGAUUGUGAUGUUGUCAUCGCCGUACCGGAUUCUGGCGUCGUUGCGGCACUUGGGUAUGCAUCGAAGGCCGGCGUGGCCUUCCAACAAGGCCUUAUUAGAUCGCACUAUGUGGGUAGGACCUUCAUUGAGCCCUCCCAGAAAAUUAGGGACUUUGGUGUAAAGCUCAAGCUUUCGCCAGUUCGUGGCGUUUUGGAAGGGAAGAGAGUUGUUGUUGUGGAUGAUUCCAUUGUGAGAGGUACCACAUCUUCUAAAAUUGUUAGGUUACUGAAAGAGGCUGGUGCUAAAGAAGUUCAUAUGAGAAUUGCAAGUCCUCCAAUGAUAGCUUCAUGUUAUUAUGGAGUUGAUACUCCAAGUUCUGAGGAAUUGAUUUCAAAUAGGAUGACUGUUGAGGAGGUUAGAGAUUUUAUUGGGUGUGAUUCUCUGGCAUUCUUGCCAUUUGAUAGCUUGAAGAAUAUGUUGGGUCACGAUUCGCCUAGCUAUUGCUAUGCUUGCUUCUCUGGGAACUAUCCUGUUAAACCUACCGAGCUGAAAGUCAAACGGGGUGGUGAUUUUAUCGAUGAUGGACUCACUGGAGGGAUUGAGAACAUCGAUGGAGGAUGGGUUCGAUAGCAGAAUGACUCACUGGAGGGAUCGAGAACAUCGAUGGAGGAUGGGUUCGAUAGUAGAAUGAUGUGGUGGAGAUAAUCAUACUGGUUUCUGGAUCAAAUGGUGCAGAAUUGAGAAUGUUAAGGGUUAUCCAAUUUUGUUCAGUCUUUAUUCUUUUGUUUCAAUUUUGAAAAACUUUUGGUUUAAUAUUUAUUAUAUCAAUGCCAUAGAUUUCCUGGAACGAUAGAGAGAGACCCAAGUACAAUUCGGUGUAUAUAUAUAUACCUAUGAUUCUUUUUUCUUAGCAUGGAUGUUUAUACAGGGAAAA